GAACUACCCUUGUAUUUCGAUAUUAGUAGUCUAUGUGACGAAUAUCUGCCAGAGUUUUAAAAAUGUCUUUCAGCGUUGUGUUCCUGUUCAAUGCUUCUGCUGAGCGCACGUGCACCCCGCAUAAGCUCCUUAGCGACGGUCCACGCGCACAGCAGCGGGCCAAUCAGGAGAAGGCUGAACGAUCCCCCCCCCACACACACACUAACACACUUUGGGUGUCUUCACACCUGUGGAGAGCACUCGUGCAGGAUGCUCGCACUCUGACGCUUCCUCGCCGCGUCGUCUUGGUCUUGUUCUUCCCGUCGCGUCGUCUCGCGAUGCUUCCCGGGGACGCGAGCGGGCCCGAGCCUCGCCGCGUGUCGCUGCCGCUAACGACGCUAACGCUGUCCCCGCCGAGCUGCCGCCGCUUGCUGCCGCACUUGGCCGGAAGGCGGCAGCGCUCGGUCGCCGCGCCCGAGCGCCGCGUCAACUGCGUCCUGGUGGGGGAUGGCGCGGUGGGCAAGACCAGCCUGGUCAUCAGCUACACCACCAACGGCUACCCCGCCGGAUACGUGCCCACCGCCCUCGACAACUUCACAGCUGUGGUGGUGGUGGACGGCGUGCCAAUCAAACUGCAGCUGUGCGACACGGCAGGCCAGAAAUGGGGAACUAGCGAUGGAUCCAUCAAUGAUGAACUAGAGCGUCUACGACCGCUCUGCUACCGAAGCGCCGACGUCUUCCUGCUGUGCUACAGCGUGGUCCGACCCGCUUCCUUCCUCAAUCUGACCCGGCGCUGGGUGCCCGAGAUCCGUCGGCACUGUCCCGGCACGCCUCUCGUCCUGGUGGGCACCCAGCUGGACCUGCGAGAAGACGUGCAAGUUCUGAUCAGACUGGCCCAGAACCAGGAGCAUCCGGUGGGCUCGGAAGAGGGCCGGCAGCUGGCCCAGCAGCUGGGGGGCACCGCUCGAAAUGUCGGCGAAGACCUUAGCGCCGGUAGCGUGUGGCCACAGAGACUGACCCUCGAGAGGAAGACUCCCGACAAGAUCAAGAAGCUCUCUGAGGCUUGGCGCAGGAAGAUCCGAUGUCUGUUGGGGGAACAGAAUUGCGAACAGUUGACUGCGUGAUCAAAUCAAGACGCUGACUGUCGGAAAGAUCCUACAACUUGAGACGGUGUCUGCGUGUCGGCACCGAAGCACGUCUGUCUGUCUAGCUAGCUAAGUAGCUAGCUAGCCACCUUGCUCUCUAGCUUUAUCUAGCUAGCUAGCUACACCUUGCUCUCUAGCUUUAUCUAACUAGCUACCUAGCUACCUCGC